AUGGCUUAUUUUUAUUUUGAUUACAUUCGUCCGAUUCAUGAAGAAGGAGACAAGGCAAAGUUGGCUCCCUUUAUUAAUGGAUUAAGAUUCUGCACAUCUGAUCGACUAAUUGGCUAUUCAGUGAUAGAAUCCCAUCAAGAGGAAGGAGCUUUGAGAAGGGGUUCUCAAAGAAUAAUUUCACCUCCUCCUUCAAUUCCAACAAAUUAUACUCAAGGUGUCAAAUUUUUAGAUUUAGCUAAGCACGUGUCACCAAUAAUCGUCGGUUUGAAUGGAAAACACCCAGAUUUAUCUAUUCCUCCAGGAAACACCAAUGAACCAAUCACUUCGGAUUUGACCUGUCGAAAGAAAAGAGAUUCUAACCCAAUUGCUGUAUCAGUUAUUAACCGAGAGGAUGGUGUCUUGCCUCGGCCUACGACUUUUUACAAUGACCAAACUAUUGAACACUCAGAUGGUGAAGCUAAGCUUUUGUUGAGAACUAGAUUGAGUCUGGCGUCGAAAGUCAAUGUGGAAAAUGUCUCAUCAAGUAAGCUUCAUUAG